CGCCCUUUGUGUAACAGCUAUGAAAACAUAAAGAUGCCCUCACCGGUUUCAAGGAAGCUCUUUCGCUUGCUGCUACGCGUGCGCUGCGAGUACAGGCACGCCCAAAUACCGCUGGUCGGUGUCGUCGGCUUCAACGCCCCGCCGGAGCUCGAUGUGAGGUCGCAGCUGCUCGCGGCGUUCCGGGAACGGCAGGGGGCGUCGGAUGCUGCGGAGCUAGCGCGCCGGAGCAGUGAGGGCUUCCGAGCCCUGCGCCAGGCGCAGCUGCAGCUGUCGUUGUUGCAAGGCAGCGAGGAAGAGACUCGGGAGGCGCUGCGCUCAUGGUUCUACUUGUGUGACGCGUGGAGCCGCCGGCUGCAGCAGGGCGGGCCGCACCUUGGCAGUAGCAGCAACAGCAGUAGCAAUGCUCCGCAGCAACAGAAUCACCAGCAGCCGAUCACAAGUUCCGCUGCUACUGCGGCUGCCACAGCCGCACCGCCCGCCCACCAGUCAGCCGCCGAGACGGCGGCGGCGGCCGCCCGGGCGGUGCCGGCACAGCUGCGGCAGUUGGCGGCAGCGCUGGAGGAGGGAUCGUUGUUGGUUGAGCGGUUGUACGACGCCAACCACCUGAGUCUUGAGUUUGGGGACGAGGAAGAGGGGCAGGAGGAGGAGCAGGCGGUGGGGGCGGGGGCGGGGGCGGGGGCGGGCCCGGGCUCAGAGGCGGCCACAGGGCUGCAGGAGGCAGCGGCAGCGGCGGCAAGGGCUGAGGUGGCGGCCGAGGGGCGCGGGUUGCCGGCGCCGACCCACCUGCCCGCAGCCCUGCUGGCGCCCACCCCGCUGGCGGCCCGGCGGCGGCUGGAUGGCCUGGCUGCGGCAGUAGCAGCCGCACACCCCGGGCUCUUCACGGAUGCCGCGGCGACGGGCAGCAGCAGUAGCAGCGGCAGUGCCAGUGGCCUUGCGCCGGAGGCUGGUGGCGGCGGUAGCGUGGCGGCGGCUGGGGCGGCCGAGACCUUGCUGCGGCGGCAGCUGGCGGCUGUCAGCCAUACCUUGUUCUACGAGCUCAAGUUCCGGCACGAACCCGUGGAGUGGGUGUACGACGGACUGGCACCCGCGCUGCUACCUCAGGUCAUCACUCGGCGCCGUGGCGUGCCGCUGAGUCUGGCGGUGCUGUACUGCGCCGUGUGCCGGCGGCUGGGGCUGGCGGCGGUGCCGAUCAAGGCAGGCAGCGGCGGCGCGCCGGGCGUGGCCGAGGGCCCGGCCGCGCUGCACGGCCUGCCGCCCGACGUGGCCGCCCGCCAGGCCGGCCGCACAGUGGCCCUGGCGCCCUCGCCCGACUGCUGGCUGGUGGCGGCUGUAGCAGCACCCGCCGCCACGUCCGCUACUGCCGCCACCUCGGCGGCUACAGCCUCCGGCAUGGAGCUGGUGCUUGUGGAUGUGGACCGGCGCGGGCGACUCAUGACGCCGGCAGAGGCGGCGGCGCGCUUUCCCGACCUGCACACAACCCAGUCCGCGCAACACAGCUCACAAACGCGGGCGCAGCGCGCGCAGGAGGUUGUGGAGUCGGCGGAGUCGGCUGCGCUGCUGCCGUUGCUGGCGGCCGCCGCCGGCUCUGGGCCGCUGCCGCUGUGGGGCGAGCUGGCUCGGCUGGUGCUGACGGCGCACACGCGGCGGGGGGAGAGCGAUCUGGUGGCGCACUGGCUGGUGCAGGUGUUGGCUCUGGACCACCGGGCCCCCGAGUGGGCAGUCAUGGCGCCGCCGGCCUAGCCUGCGGCGGGGCGGAGCGCGCCACGAUACGGUACCAGAGCGCGCCACGAUACGGUACCAACUAGCUGACGCUCAGUACAGGCCGAAAAGCCAUGGCCGUGUGUGAUGGGACAGGGUUUAGGCAGGUUGUCGAGGUCCCGUAAUGUGCAGCUGACGCCCAUACCCCAAGCAGACAGCAGACAGUUUGCGGCGGCAGAGCAGAUGUGCAUGGCUGGUCGAACGCCGGAGUUACUGUACCGACAAGUUGCUGGCUGGCGAAAAGCCAUGGCCGUGACUGGGUAUCAAUUGCGAGGCCAUGGCCAUGCCGCCGGUGCGAUGGAUGUGCCAUUGCAAGAAGGGACAGUCCCGCCAAUCAAAGGUGCCCCUUUACCCACGUCAAGAAGGACCAUCUCCGGUCCGAAGGGAAAGUAACCUCCCCGGCGCUGCCUUAGCACGGAAAAUUGCGCGCAUGUCUGCACACGUCGGCGUUCUGCCCAGCGCUUUCUGGGCCAAGCCGCACGAGUUUUGCAGUCUCUGGGGACGCGUGCAGGCUGGGGCCAUCAUCGUGCCAAAGAGGGCCGGCCUUAGGAUCCAGCCUGAGGGACACGCGUGAUGCUGGAAGUAUCCCGGCGGGGGCGGGCCAAAACCCAAACCCAACGGGAGGGAUAAAAUGAAAUGCGCUGACGGUAGCAUGUAAGCCAUGGAAGUGACAGCGACACAGCACUGUCAUGGUGGGGGGUCGGACUGGGUGGAGAGACUUUACCACAGACAUGCGUGCGUCGCUAGCCCAGAAAGUUGUCUGACAGCGCCCCCGGUGCCAGCGCCCAGCGCAAGAGCGCGUUGCAACUAGGGCCGGGAUACUUGUACGAUCAAUCAUGCUCGAGCACGGAAUUUGGGCAGCGCACUUUCGCGGUGUGUGGGCGUUGUGUCACGAUCUGUGGAACGUUCGUUCGAGAAC